UUUACUUCUUUUAGUUGAAACGCUGGCAGAACCGAGUUUAGUGGACUAAUGGGGGCUGCAUUGCCGCAGCUAACUGUUUAGUUAAACGAUUAAGUACACAGAAGAAACUUGAUGGAGGACAAAUCCUGGGCUCAGCUUCUGAAGUCCUAAUAAUGCAACCAAUGUGGAAUAACCACGGAGUUAAAAAUCUGUAUGGUUAAAAACUUGAGGCAGGCAAAUUUCUCAGGCACAGCGCUUUUAGUUUCCUAAAUUAGUCAAUUGAACAUGAAUCCAGAGGUGAUCGUUUUGGGAGGAUGUGUGACCGAUUUUACCGUGUAUACACCGCGUUUGCCAGUUCCCGGUGAAACUGUUGUGGCUAAACUUUUCCAGUACGGCUAUGGAGGCAAAGCUGCGAACUCCGCGUAUAUGUGUGUGUUACUCGGAGUACAUACGAUUCUCAUAAGCAAAUUAGGUGACGACUACUUUGGUCAGAAUUACUUGAAACACCUCGAAGCCAUCGGCAUCAACGUCCGUCAUGUCACAGUUGAGAAGAACUGUUCUAGCCCCAUAGCUAACAUUACAGUAGCAGACAGCGGCGAAAAUUCAAUCGUCUACUUUCCGGGCUGCCUUGACCGCAUUGCCGAAACUGAUAUUAAAAGUGCUGAGAGUAUGUUUAAGAGGGCAAAGGUAUUUGCUUGUGUUUUUGAAGCCCCAAUGACGGUUAUUCGACUCGCGUUGCAAUUGGCGCGUCAGCAUAGAAUGAUCACGUACGUAAACGCAGCUCCGAACGUGUCCGAAUCUCUACUAAAAGACUGUCUUCCUUUGAUCGAUUAUAUCUGUGUCAACGAAACGGAAGGAUCUACCCUCGUAUGUACGAUUAAGGGCGAACCUCAAGGUCUAUUGAGCGACCAAGAGGUUGUUGACUUUCUAUUGUCUGCAGGGGUCGGUACGGUAAUAAUAACCAAAGGAAAAAAAGGCGCAGUGUUCUCUCAAGAACCGACCAAGCUGCAGUCGGUUGCGGCCGAACCGGUUACAAAUGUUGUGGAUACUACAGGUGCAGGCGACGCUUUCAAUGGUAGUUUUAUUUAUCACCUAGCUCGAAAUAUUCAACUUCCACUUGAAGACAAAAUUCGUAAGGCCUGCGGCAUUGCAUCGCUCAGCGUUCAGAAGAAGGGCACGCAGCCGAGUUAUCCGAAAAAAGAAGAACUGGCUGACAAAUUUCUUUAAACUGCCUAUCCAAUUUGUGACAAAAAUUUGGUUCUCUGAAAUAAAACAGAAUGUAUGGAUCCUUUGUGUGUUUAAUAAAGGAUUUCUAUGAAAGGGUCGCCGAUAAUAAUUAGGCGAUGCAGCA